UGAUAUUCAGGUUAUCUCGGCUUCUACCUGCUGGAUAAGUUCGGUACAACAUUUACCACACGGCGCCAUAUUAGAUAGACGCUACACUGCUGCGGACCAAGUCGAGGAAGAGGGACAGUUUUCCAAAUGUCAAGGGUCCCCAGGCCGCAGUAGUCAGUCUGCCAAACACUGAAGGUUACUGUUAUAUGGUUGACAUCAAGUAAGUGGAGUAAACAUCUCGGGCAGCGUCGUGCGGGGCGUCUUGUUUUCGUCGUCGUUCAGCUCACCCAGCCGGCAGACAUGACUUCCUUGACUCAGCGGAGUUCGGGCCUCGUGCAGAGGCGGACAGAAGCCUCGCGCAACGCCGCCGACAAAGACCGUCCGUCGGCCGAGGAGGACCACGAGCCCCGAGGAGACGAGCAGGAAGACGACGAUACCGGAGACUCGAAAGAAACACGUCUCACCUUGAUGGAAGAAGUGCUGCUGUUAGGCCUGAAGGACCGAGAGGGCUACACCUCGUUCUGGAAUGACUGCAUUUCAUCCGGGUUGCGAGGUUGCAUGCUGAUAGAACUGGCCCUGAGAGGACGCCUCCAGCUGGAGACGUGUGGCAUGAGGAGGAAAAGUCUGCUGGCUAGGAAGGUAAUUUGUAAGUCAGAUGCUCCAACAGGUGACGUGCUCCUGGAUGAAGCCCUGAAACACAUCAAAGACACUCAACCACCAGAAACUGUGCAGAGUUGGAUUGAACUGCUCAGUGGAGAGACGUGGAACCCCCUGAAGCUUCAUUAUCAACUGAGGAACGUCCGUGAACGGUUGGCCAAAAACUUGGUGGAGAAGGGUGUCCUCACUACUGAGAAGCAGAACUUUCUGCUUUUUGAUAUGACCACACAUCCUCUGACCAACAACAACAUCAAGCAGCGCCUCAUCAAGAAGGUCCAGGAGGCUGUACUGGACAAGUGGGUGAAUGACCCUCAUCGAAUGGACAAGCGGAUGCUCGCACUCAUCUUCUUAGCUCAUUCCUCCGAUGUCCUGGAAAAUGCCUUUGCCCCGCUGCUAGACGACCAAUAUGACCUGGCCAUGAAGAGAGUGCGGCAGCUGUUGGAACUGGAGCCCGAGGGGGAGAGCAUGAAGGCUAACACCAAUGAGCUGGUAUGGGCUGUGGUGGCUGCCUUCACCAAAUGAGGCUACUACUAAUAGGACAGCAAAGCAGUUGUGGCAUUCAAGUGGCAUUGUGCGUUGGGGUGGGAAUCAAAAUUCUGACCCCAAUUUGGUGACUUAACUGACUUACAGUUUACCCCAGCCUGGACUUUUGGAAUGGGCUGCCCUCUAUUCUUGUUCCUCUGUCUAUCUCAUUUUCUUUUACUUCCAGAUAACUGUCCUUGUUGAUCCACUAUGGUCCCUUUUCCCAUGUGUCCUUUAUGUGUUCACUUUUGCUAAAAAAAAAUAAUAAUAAUAUGGAAGUUUAAAUGAAGUGGUUGUUGGUGAUAUGGGUGUGGCUGAAAUCGAGAUGUUGAUUUAUAUCCUCUUUCUUUUCUGUGGGAUAUAUCUUUAAAACAAUUCGAAGUACGGUAUUUAUGGCAGAUGUUACUUGAGGUACCAUCUUAACACACCUAAUAAUACACAGGAAUGAAAGAGUAAUUGGUGAUCCUAAAAAGUCUUUAAAUGAGUAUCUUCAACCAAAUGUGAUAUGUAAGGAUUUGAUUUGUCUCAGCAUUGUUUUACUUUUAUAUCAAGUACUAGGGAAAAACUAAAAUGGUCAGAUCCAGAAGUUUCUGACUAGUACUAUGAAUUUUCAACAUUUUUAAAUUUAAACUUUUUACUCUGUCGAUUUCUCUUAAUCCACCUCAUCCAUCCAUUAUAAUGGAUAAAUACAAAGGACGAGAUUGUCCCAGCUCACACUGGCCAGGGGGAGGGGUACAUAGAAAUAUUACCAGUUCAGAGUUCAUAGGUCACCUUACCUGCAGGGUCAGGUCAAAGGACCAUUGAGGAAAGUUAUACUCAGACAGGCCUCCUUGCUGUGAUGUGAAAGUGCUAACCACUAGGGUUGGGCAAUUGACCAAAAUGUCUCGAAACAUCAUUUACUGUGUAACUUCUAACCGACUUAAUCUUGCGCAUGUUGUUUAAUUUAGUUAAUACUUUACCCAAUGUGUGCAUUCAUGAACUGUCAGGUCUCCGCUACAUACAUUUUGCUGCUGUGGCCCGGGUACGUUGUACCGUGCCGUCCUCACUUUACACGCUAGCAGUAAACACUAACACUUAUCAGAAGUUAUUGGAACACAUACAGGACUUGAAGAUUACUGUGUGUUUGUUUGAGUCUGUCUAGAGUUUUAGGAGACAGGUAUUUAAACAGAUUGAAAAAAACUCCAACAUUCUUUGCGCAUGCAGUUCACCUGCUACACAACACAAGACAUAAUGUGAUGCGCACAGCCAGGAAAUCAGAGUUAAAGUGAACGGAACGAGCCGGAUUCAUGAUCCGACAUCCAUUAAUAACUAAAUAAAUGUGUGAAGAGCAACUGACUGAAACACACACACACCUGCAGACAGAAGAGAAGUUCUUCCGGCAAAUUAUGAUGCAAUGGGAUGUUUUAAAGGUUUAUGGUGUAAGAUUUGGGUGAAAAGAAUCUAAUGGCAGGAAUUGAAUAUAAAAUAAUCCUAGUGAUGUUUUCACUAGUGUUUCAUUUGAAUUGUUUUAUUUACCAUAGCAGAAUCGCUUGUUGACUGGUGCUGAGUAAUGUUCCUCAUGCGUAGGGGUGGUCACAUCACGAUCCGGUGGGAGGGAGGGCAUAAAAUAAUUGUUAAUGAAUCAUAAUCGAGGUAAUGUUUAUUGCGAUAUUGAUUCGAAGUGAUAUCGCCCAGCCCUACUUACCACAGAGCCACUGCGCAACCUGAAGGUCCAUCCUUGUUAAGGCUAUAUGAUUUAUUAUUUAUUUGUUAGUUGCCUCAACAAGCCUAAAUGUGCAUGUACAGAUCAUGGAAGAUGAAGAGCUGACCUGUAUGACUGUGACAUUCCAUAGACUUCAGCUCUAUUCAUUAUUUGGAAAAGAAAUUAAAUGAAAAGCUAAACCAUGCUGAACACUAAUAGACUGGUUGAAGUUAUUGUGCAAACAGAAGUUUAGCUGGAAUAAAAUGAAUCCCUUAGUUGUGCAUACAUGUAGGAUUGAUGUGGCUGAUAAAAAAAAAACAAAAAAAAUGCAAGCCCUGAGAAGCUGGGGAGAAAAACAUUUGCUAAAAAGUUUGGAAAAGGUUAAACAAAGUUUUUGCUUGGAUGAUUUUUCUGAGUUAUUUACAUCACUGUGAAAGUCUAAACAGGCCUGAAAGCAUUCAUGUCCUCUAGGUGAUUUUUUAAUUACUCCUUGCGGAACCUAUUUAGUGUUUUAGCAACUUACGCUACAUUACUUUCAAUAGAAAAUUAAAAUACAUGAGUUGCCAAAAGAAAGAAAUUGACAGUAAUGCCGCAUACUCGCACAAUAUAUGUAACUUGUGUUUGGAGUGCAUGUAGAUAUUAAAAAUCACCUGGAAGAAAACACUAAUGCCUUUAGUCCUAUUUUGACUGGGGAGCACCCAAGUCGUUUGUGGCCAAAACGAGUACAACAAAACAAAAAAAUACAGUAGGAGUUAACAUAAGGAAUUUAUACCAGACUUAGAAAAUGGAUCACCAGAUUCCUCUCAAAACCUCUGUAAAAUAUUGUGAUUGAAGAAAAAAUAAAUGCACCACACAUUAAAUGUUCAAAUGAUAACAAUAUAUAAAGCUAUCAUUAGUAUGACACUCAAAGACAAAACACUCAACUGCUUCUCCCACUCCUCUCUCUCCCUGCUUUGUCAUGCUGUCUCAGCUAAUGUAUGAACUCCCCUGCUCAGUCAUUUUAGAGGGGAACACCUCUGCUCUGUGGCCAGGCCCUUCAAUGAGUCUGGCUCACAGAGGCCUCUAAUAGCACCUCUACACAUUGUCAGUGGUAAAUUCCACACUGUAGCUUUAAUGCACAUUACUGAUAAAGAUUAAUCUUAAACAGGCCAUGUUGUAACAGGUUACAUUCAGGAUUCAAGCCUGUAAUAUGGUAACAGUUUAAACCAAACGUAAUUUAGUCCUGGUCCAAUGUCAUAUUUUUUUUAUUUGCUUCCAGUUCCUUGAUGCAAUAAAUUUUCUAAAUGGUGUACUUUUUGGCAUUUGCAGUGGCAUCAGCAGACGGCUGCCAACUGCGUUAGCUGAUACUAACCUCUUCACACAAGGGGUUGUUGGGGAUUAAACUUAAACACUUUCAUUACAGGAACAAACUUAAGAAAGCAGACAGCAAAUUCCAAAUCGAAACAUAAUUUCACUUGUUAGUGUAUAAUCAAAAAUUAAGUAAUUAUGUGGGAUAAUGCAUUCUGAUCAGUCUGGAUUUGUCUUGUAUGAUGAAUAAAAUAAUUGAUGAAUGGG